AGCUUGUGGCUUCGGGUUUCCUAUAGCCACUGGGCUGCAGGAGAAUCUAAUCUAGGAUGAGACCAUGCCUGUGCCACCAUCACCAUGGCCCUGAGUUGGAGGCUGGGUAGAAGGAGGCAGGCAAAGAGGGAUGGGAAAGGGAGAAAUAAGAAAGUAUGGAGUGAGAAAGAGGACAGGUUCAGGCCUAAGAAGAUCAAGAAAAGAGCAUGAGAAGGGCAGGGGGGAUGGGAGCAGAGAUGUGGGAAAGGCACCUAGUUUUACCCCAGCUCCUAUGAUGUGCUGAGCCCAUGGCUGGCUGCUUCAUAUCCACCAUCACUUUUAAUCUUUACCACCCAGAGAGUGUUACUGGCUCCAUUUUGAUAUGUUAUCAAAACCCUUCCUGAUGUUCUAUCACUUAAGGGCUUUAGGUCUCAUCUCAAAUUUUAUUAUAGACAAAGCUUGUCUACUAAGUGACAGCAUUGGAGCUCAGCAGGAUCAGGUACUGAAGAACCAUAAGCCUUGGCUUCUGAAGCUCUUCUACCCUUCACAGAAGAUCACCUUGGUGUCUCUACUUGUUCAGAAGGAAAAAGGAAAAUAUCCUCAUCAGACAGCUCAGCGGAAGACUGGAACACCGACUCCAUCUGAAAGUGCCUAUGGGAAACAAUGCAGCCCUGAGAAGAACACAGUGUAUUAUCCCAGGAAGCACUCCAGGGAGCAAGCCAACCCUCAGCCUGCAACACAUACGGAACCACAGACAAGGAAUUUCCCCCAAAUCAUCCAAAAAGAAAUAAAGAUGAAAGAGGAGGCCGCCAUUGCAAAGAACAUCUACUUUGGGGGCCAAGGCAGCCUCUACCGUAGCAAAGAAAAUAUGGCCCCUGCUCAUAGACACACACUGGAUACCUGGCGUGUAUCCACGGAAGCCAGUCCGGGAUUCUUUCUCGGGACUAUCGCUGUACCUACUUGUGGGGCAGAAUGUAGGAAGGGAGAUUUAGAAGUGAAGGCUGGAUUUGGUCCCAGUGCUCAAUCAUUCUCAGGGCUCAACACAGACACCACUGGAACCUGGGCGGGACCAAAAGCAGAAACUCUAGAAGCUAAGGGAUCUGUGGCCUGCCACCACCACCGGAUGUGGAUGUAG